GGUAGAAGCAUUGCUCUGAACGUGUACUGCCUGAAUUUCCAAAGGGUUACUGUGAGCAAUAUGACCAAACUUACCACAUCAUUGGCCUGAAGCCAGAAGGAAGUUUUUUUUGUGUUCUUACUGUCUUUUAAGCAACCAGCUGGAAGCAGUGUGUAUCAGUAUCAGUGCUGCUGUGGAUUGCUGCUCUUUAAUGUGUAUCACUAGGAAGGUGUGCGGUUUACUGCAGACUGCUUGGCUAGCCUGUGCAUUAGUUCCAUUUGCUGAGUGAAGCCAGGAUGUUGUUUGAGUCGUCCUGUUAAAAUCAGCUCCUUUUUUCUCUGUUGUGACUGUUGAUGACACAAGACAAAGAAAGAAGAAACCUGCGGAUCUAUGUUUUAAAAUCAUGAAUCAAUGUUCAGAGGUGACCUGUCAACGAGCUGCUGAUCGCAAAGGGUCAAAAAUGUCCUCUGCUUUUCAAAAACUUGAGAACUUGGCCAUAAGGCUUUUUAACAGGAAUACACGGGGGUCUUCACAGGACUUUGAAACGGCAGGUUCAGAAAGUGACACCAGACAGGAAUCGGAGCACUGUUUAGCCUGGAACUUGCACAUGAAAGAUUACUUAGAAAAAGCAAGAGAGGAAUUCUUACAGAAAUGGGAGUCCCCAGCGCAGAACACUGCAAGUUUGGAUGACUUUGAAAGAACAAAAACACUUGGUACAGGGUCCUUUGGCAGAGUGAUGCUGGUGAAGCACAAAGCUACAAAGCAGUUUUAUGCAAUGAAGAUACUGGACAAACAUAAGGUGGUAAAACUGAAACAGAUCGAGCACACGCUCAAUGAAAAAAGGAUUCUACAGGCUGUCAAGUUCCCUUUUCUGGUGCGACUGGUAUUUUCAUUCAAGGAUAACACUAAUUUGUAUAUGGUGAUGGAAUAUAUUCAGGGCGGUGAGAUGUUUUCACAUUUAAGGAGAAGCGGGAGGUUCAGUGAACCUCACUCACGAUUUUAUGCGGCACAGAUUGUACUCGCCUUCGAAUACCUUCACUCACUAGAUCUUCUGUACAGAGACCUGAAACCUGAAAAUAUACUGAUUGACAGUACCGGCUAUAUCCAGGUGACGGAUUUUGGCUUUGCUAAGAGGGUAAAGGGCAGAACUUGGACACUGUGUGGAACUCCUGAAUAUCUAGCUCCUGAGAUCAUCCUUAGCAAGGGUUAUAACAAAGCUGUGGAUUGGUGGGCGCUUGGGGUCCUAAUCUAUGAAAUGUCUGCUGGGUAUCCCCCAUUUUUUGCAGACCAGCCCAUACAGAUUUAUGAGAAAAUAGUCGCUGGGAAGGUGCGGUUUCCAUCACAUUUCAGUGUGGACUUAAAGGAUCUGCUCCGGAACCUGCUGCAGGUGGACCUGACCAAACGGUUUGGUAAUCUCCGAAAUGGUGUCAACGACAUAAAAAACCACAAGUGGUUCAGCAACACAGACUGGAUCUCUAUCUACAGAAGAACGGAGGAACCUCCCUUUAAGCCCAAGAUGAAAGGCCCGGGAGACACCAGCAACUUUGAUGAAUACGACGAGGAGUCACUCCGUAUAUCUUUCACAGAGAAAUAUUCUAAAGAGUUUGCUGAGUUCUAGUGUAUGAAAUGAGAUGAAACAAUGAAGUGACUGGGAAAUUAAUACUCAGCUGGGACGGAAAAGGAAGCACUGUUUGGAUGGGAGCCCAACACUUGUAUUUACUGAAAGCGUUUUAUGUUAAGUUUGUUCAUUCCACCAGGUGGAGUACUAUCUUGCCAUGACUUGGAAGGGCCUAGCCCUCUUUCCCAUUUACAGACUCCUCCUGCAAACCCUGAGGUUCUUCAGAUAGUCACUACUACCAAUGACAAUUAAACUGCUCUCUUUUUUUUGCCAACCUUCGAUAACCAUUUAUAUCUGAAUGUGUCUGUAUGUUAUAUACUGUAAGUUCUGUGUUUUAAAAGAUAUUUUACCUAUACAUUAUUAAAGCCCUUUAAUUUUUUUUUCUAAAAUGU